UUUAUGCCUCACUCCUUUUUGUCUGAAUCGCAGACGAUUGUUUCUUUACUGAUUUUUUGCUCUUCUUUUUCUUUUUUAAUCUUUUUUUUUUUUUUUUCUUUUUAACAUGUGCUGCCACUUAACAGACGGAGAAGCAAGAACGCCGCAUGACAUGCUGUAAGCAUAGAGGAAUCCACCCAAGCCAACACAGCCUGAUCCUUUACAAUAAGGUACCAGUGCUGCAACCGUAUAGCAGAGUGCCCUUUAAUGCAGACUCCUCCCAUUCUGACUGUGUUUUCUCUGCAAAAAGCAAAGAAGGAAAGCUGUCCUGGAUUAUAUUUGAGAGGUCAGCUUGGAUCUGAUAUCCAGUGGGUAAAGGACAAUUUAGUGAAUCCGUCCAUGGGCGGUUACACAUAGCAGGAGGUACAUCAUCAGUGGCUCCCAAAAGACUGAAGACAACCAUUACAGGACCUGGGAGCAGUAGCAGCUGGGGAAUGAAGUGGUGAUUGGACGCUGGACCUGUCAUCGCUAGAGGACAGCACAUUGUGAAAUCGAGAACAUUCACUAAUGAAAAAACGAAAUAGCCUUGUUGCCAAAAAAGAAACAACAUUGAGCGCAAAAAGAAUUUCAAAAAGAACAUUAGAACAAUUAUCAACAUCGGAGGAUGAAUCUGCCCCUGAAUAUGUUCAGGCUAAAUCACAGAAAACAAUCCGCAAACAGGCAGAAGCAGCUGCUGCACGGCAGUUACUUGAUGCUCUGAAAGAUAACGAAGAUGAGGAUGAAGCAGCAGAAAGAUGCAGGAAAAUGGAAAACCGGAUUAAGCACUUGGAAGAAGAAAACCAACAACUGAGACAGUUAAUUGUUACAGAGUUGCCUGGUGUAUUAGAUACUCUGAAAACCACAACAGCGCAGCUAAUAGCACUGAAGAAUGGUGGUGGCAGUUCAUCCUGUGUGGGUGUAUCGUGUGCAUCAGCAUCCGUCCCAUCUGAAGAGUUCAGCUCAUCUCCUUGUCAAGCAUCGUACUCUAGACCUAAACUGAUGGAGCUACAUCCUGGUACUGGUGUGUACUUGUCUGUAUCACAGUGGACGGCAGCACAUCAAUGUCGUACAGCUUCUGCAUUUGUUAGAGCUGUUCUUGUGUGUUUAUUUGACACAGAAACGUUAAUAAAAAGUAACUUUAAAGGCGGUGCCUCCAAGCGGCUGACAGAUGGAGAGAAGCGGGUGCAGUUAGACCCUGUGAAAACAUCAGCUUUGGCAGCUGCUACUUUGGAAAUGUUUCCUGGGACUUCAAAAGGUGUAAUAAGUGAUGCUAUUAACAGAAAAAUUGCGGAAUUGAAGUAUCGCCUGAAGGAAACAUUAGGAACCUCAACAGAGUACAACAAAUAAACGUUUAUGUUGUUAAUGUCAUUUACCACAGUUGUAACCACUUUCUGUUCUGUGUUGUUUCUUUUUUUAUACUUACAUGAUAAUAAAGUUUUUUUGUUUUGUUUUGU